CACAGCGCGCCGCGAGCGCGCGCCGCGCACCCGGCGAACCACCUGAGACUGACGAACACCGCAGUUCAGCCGGUCAUGUACGACGAGGAAGACGAAAUUCUUCUCGUUAGCAGUGCUGUGGUUGUAAUAGCUGCUUACCAUUGUAUGCAACGAAAACAUAAGCGUCGAUCUCGACGAUGGUGGUGCUCAAAUCUUUUUAAAGAUCGUGUAUCUAACCAGAUGUUAGGAGUCCUGAAAGCUCAGGAAAUAAGUGGCCAAUACAAAAAUUUCACACGAAUGAGCCCGACUACUUUUGAAGAUUUAUUGAUUAAAAUUGGACCAAAAAUCUGUAAGAAGGAAACACACUUGCGAGAACCGAUCACUAUUCAAGAUCGGUUAGCCGUGACAUUGCGGUUUCUAGCGACAGGAGACUCGUACUCAAGUCUGCAAUAUCUGUUCAGAAUUUCAAAGCAGGCUAUAGGAGGAAUAGUAACAGAAGUCUGCUCAGCGUUAAUUGAAGUGUUGAAAGAAAAUAUCAAGCUCCCCAAAAAUCCCGCGGAGUGGAUGGAAGUUGUGAAGGUGUUUGAAGAUCUUUGGAAUCUGCCUCAUUGUGUGGGAGCUAUCGACGGCAAGCAUGUCAUUAUACAGUCUCCAAUGAACUCUGGCAGCGAGUUUUACAACUACAAAUCACAAUUUAGUAUUGUAUUGUUUGCUUUGGUAGAUGGAAAUUACAACUUUUUAUUUGCUGAUGUGGGAUGCCAAGGAAGAAUUUCGGAUGGGGGAGUUUUUAACAACAGUAAACUGUAUGACAUGAUGACGAAGAGAACUUUGGGGUUGCCAUCUCCAACAGAACUUCCUGGACGACAGAUGAAAGUGCCGUAUUUUUUUGCAGCUGAUAAUGCUUUCGCCCUUGGAGAAAAUAUAUUGAAACCUUACUCUGGAGAUUUAGAGAAGGGUUCUUGUAAAAGAAUAUUUAAUUAUCGGCUAAGCAGAGCCCGUAGAGUGGUAGAGAAUGCCUUCGGAAUAGCAAGUUCAGUAUUCAGGGUUUUAAGAAAACCAAUCCUCCUGGAACCUGAGAAAGUUCAAUUAAUCGUUACUGCGAUUAUACAUCUGCACAAUCAUUUAAGACGGCAUUCAACAAACCUAUACACACCGCAAGAAUUAAUGGACUACGAGGAAGGUGGUGUCUUGACGGAAGGUUCCUGGAGAAAGGAUGAAAAUAUGACAUCCCUGGUUCCAUUAAGAAGUAUUCCUAGAAGAUCCUCUGCCCAUUUUCAAAAAAUAAGGGAUGAACUAGCAGACUACUGCGUUAAAGAAGGUGCGAUAUCGUGGCAGAAGUCAUAUGCUUGAAACUAACGUGUGUGCCUAAUUCGAGAGGUUUACAAUGGUGUUGGCAGACACAUAAGUGUAUUUGAUGGUAUUAUAUCCACUUUUUUACUAUCUUCCAUUUUAAGGCUAAAUAAUUUAAAACAUAAGGCCAAGAUACAUCUCUCGCCAUUUAAUCAUACUUAUAAAAACUAUCAACAUGUACUGUUAAAAUGUUGAGCUUACCGUGUUCAUUGUUGGCCGUGGCUUAUCUCUGCCUUCCAGAAAUUUUAACGACUCGUAGGUGAACCAUCGGCUGGUAUACACUUCGGAAGUACCUGCAAAAACAUGCGCCAGGAUUACAUAAUUUUUUGUUAAAAAUAUGUCAAUAAUUAUUUUAUAUUCAGGUGUGUCAAUUAAUUAAAAAGUAUUAAAAAUUAGGAUAUAAUUUGUCAUGUUAUAUAAACACAUUGAUUGUUCUAUGUUCAGCAGUUUCAUUCAAUUAAAGGUAGUGUAAACUAUUAAACAUAUACAAUAUGCAAUACAUUUAAUGUACAUUUAAUGUACUGAUAACAACAAUUUCUAUUAUAUAUAAGAGCUACGUAUUAACUACUAAAUGUGGUAUUCAACGACGGUACAGCAAAAUACUGUGAAACCUAAAAUUAACAUUAAUUUACUUGCAAUGAGAAGUAUAAUAAAAUCUUACCUUUACCAGUCCCUAUUGUGUUUUUUUCUUUUGACUUCUCCCUUCUGUACGACGACAGCAAACUAAUCAUUUUUUUCCUGCAUUCAUCUUCUAACUGCCCGACUGUAACAGCUAUGUCUCUCCACGCAUCCAUUUUUUUAGCUUUUUUGUAGUAGUCUCUAUUACUUGGGUCCCAAAGCACAGGAUGUGUUCUAUACACUUCAAUCAAGCCCAACAUAUCUUCUUCGCUCCACUCCAUGUUCGCUGCGUGUGCGCUGCGAGCUGCAAACACGUCCACACUGGCGCGCCGAAUCCCUUUGUGUUCGUCGAAAAAACCGACAGCUGGCGGUUCGCGGCGCGCGGUUCGUGGCGUGCGCGGCGCACGCUCGGCGCGUGUUCGAGGGCCCGUACACAC